CUCGCCUUCCUAUCAGCCUUUUCUCUCUCACUAUCUAUACAUAUAGAUACAUAUACAAAACGCAGAGGUGAUCGGUUCGGAGAGUGAGGUAUCACACAAAACCAAACAAAAUUUAAUCGGUCACAGGGACAUCAGUGCUGCGUUCAAAGAACAAUUGUCAAGUGCUGUGAAGAUUCGCCGCGAAGUGAGAAUAGAGCGUUCGGUUACAUUCGAUUGUUGAGUCGAAAAUUGCUGUUUUAGUGCUCUUGAGGGGUUGUGGAGGUUAAAUUAGGGGAGCAUUAGAUUGGGUCGUGAUCGGUAGUUGUGGGUUUUGAGAUUCUGGAACUGUCGGCGUUGUCAGAAUGGUGGAGAAAAGGAAUGCGGCCACCUUGAAGGCGAAACGGGGAGGUGCCCUGUUGACGCAUUUAACGACGCCCAGUUCUUCCAUCGCGAAAAAAUCUGCCUUCGGUGGGUUUGAUCGGUUCCCCUGCUCUUCCUCGCAACAGGCGGCGUUCAAGGGAGUGCGGAUGCGGGCUUGGGGCAAGUGGGUGACGGAGAUUAGAGAUCCCACCAGCAAGGCGCGCAUUUGGUUGGGUUCGUUUUCUACUGCUGAAAUGGCAGCUCGGGCUUACGACGCCGCAGUUGUGUGUCUGAAGGGGCCGUCAGCUCCGGAGCUCAAUUUUCCUGAUUCACUCCCCAAUUACAUUCCCAAUUCAAGGUCGCCGAAGGACAUUCAAGCUGCGGCUGCAGCCGCUGCCACAGCGUCUCUGCCAGCAGCCACCCCACUCGCCAUUGGAGCUGAUUCACGGAGUCACGAAGUACAGAGACAAGUUUCUGAGGACUGGAUUUUCCCCAGCCUGUCUUGCAUUCCUGAAUUGCACGAGGAUAUGACGCUCCAAGACUUCGAAAUUGCCCCUGAAAUGAAAGUAGACGCAGGGAGCAGCUCGGCGGCAAUGGAGGAUUGGAUCAACAAUGAAUUAUUCGGAGGACUUGAGGAAUCGUCCAACAAUGAGAGCGAUUUGUACCAAGAGCUGCUAAAGCUAGCGGAAUGCCUGGACACGGCGGAAUCGUCGUGCGCAAUUUCACAACACGAAUCGAUUUCAGGAUUGAAUUUCUCUAGGCAAGACAACACGGGCUAUGAUUCAAGCCUGUGGUGCUUCACUUAAUUGCCCUUGAAGUAUGGGUAAAUGUUUCCGUGUGUUAUUCUUUUUUCUGUUUUUUUCUUGGGUGAAGAUCGAACGAGCCGAGUGCAUCGAUCAAACAAGAGUGUAAAGACAAAAUGCGGCGCAGGAGUUGUAACAGUUUUGUAAAACAGUGGACGAAAUUUAUUCAAGCAUGCACUGCCUGGCAUUUUCAGGGUUAUGCUUUGUGGAGCAAGUGUACCGACGUCCGCAAGGACGAAUAAAUUUUAAGAGCAAGUUUGUACUCAAGAAUGACUGAAAUUGUACACUGUGAGCCAAUUUUUGUGAACGGCAACCAUUCACUCA